AUGACAGAUACUUCAAAAUUAUUUAAAUCAAAUAAUAUUUUUUAUAAGAAAUUUGAUGGGUUAGAUUAUGCAGCACAUACAGUUUUCUCAAGAGGUGGUUAUUUCUUUAAAGGAGAGAUUGAUUUAGAGAAAUUCUUAAAAUCAAUGGAGCAAGUAUUCGAUGAGUUCCCAGUUUUACUAUCAACAUUUCACUCUGAAAAUGGAAUUUGGUGCAUUAGUUACCCACCAAAAUCACAUCACAAAGUUAAUGAUCAAUUGGAAAUUGAAAAUAGAGAAAAUGAAUUAAUUGAAACAACAACAUUAGAAUCAAUUAUACCAAUGAAAUUACUUGAUGAAAGAAUGAAAAAUGGAUUCUCUUUUGAUUUAGAAGGAUUACCAAUGGGUUCAUUUAAAUUAACCAUAUUAAAAGAUGGUUUUGUAAUUGGAUAUAGUAUUAAUCAUUCAUUAUUUGAUCAAAGUAGUAUGUACUAUUUCUUUAAAUAUCUUUCAAUGAUUUAUUCAAACAAUGGUGAAAAUGAAAAAGUAACAUUAAAGAAACCAAUAAUAAUUAAUGGUCAAGAUUUUUAUGAUAGGGAUCAACCAUCAUUAACAGAUUUACAAAAUUUUCGUGAUUACGGUAAACAAUUUUUAGGAUAUACCUAUACCCCAUUUGGAAGUAGUAGUGGUGAUGAUACAAGUAGCGAAAAACCAAAAAUUGAAAAUAUUACAAUUAAAGUUAAUUUUAAUUUAAUUGAAAUUGAAAAUUUAAUUAAAUCAAUAAUAACUGAUUGCUAUUUAUCAACAAAUGAUAUAAUUCAUUCAAUUAUUAUUAAAAUAUUAUCAAUGAAUGAAUCGAUUUCAGAUGACGAAGAGUUUAGAUUAAGAUAUACAUGUAAUAUGAGAAAACGUUGUAAUUUAAGUGAAGAGCAUAUUGGUAAUUUUGGAUUCCAACAAAAUCUUUUAUUUAAAGUAUCAGAUAUUAAAAAUAAAUCAAUUUUAGAAUUGGCUAAAAUCAAUCGUAAAGAUGUUUCAGAAUUUACAAAUGAUAAUUUUUUUAAAACAAUAACAUGGCAUAAUAAAAUGCAAACUCUUAAAGAAUUGCCAUUAAAUUAUUUAGGUAAACAAGUACCAACAAUUACAAACAUUUCAAAUUGGACAAGUUUUGAUUAUAAUAAAAUCUCAUUCGAUGGUAUUAAACCUUUUACAAUUAAAGCACCUUGUAUUGCAUCUUAUAAUGUUAAUAUAAUUUGUUUUGAUUAUGAUUUUAAAAAUGAUAAAAAAUUCUUUAGAACUACAAUCUAUAUACCAUCAAAUUCUUUUAAUCAAAUUAAUAAUUUUAGUAAUGAUUCAAAAUUAUUUACAAUUGAAAAAUCUUAA